AUCAUGCGUUUGCUGUGGGAUUUAGUAGAUGGUUUGAUGCAGCAACACAGAGUUUCAUUGUAGUUUUGUGUGUUCACGCUUAAUCUAGCUGAGUUCGUGUGGUCGUGGGUGAAGAUGAUGACAGCUAUCGGUUACUGCUCGUUGAGUGCUCUUUUACUGUGUGUGUGUGGAUGUUUGAGCGCAACAGACUUUGGACUCGCAGGAAAGCCAGGAGUGUGCCCAAGUGUAAAAUCUGGAUCAGGUAAUUGUGCUGAUCUGUGUGCAUUUGACAGCGACUGUCCGAACAAUGAGAAAUGCUGCCGCAAUGGAUGUGGACGUCAGUGUAUGGCCCCUUAUACAGUUAAGCCUGUGCCCAAGCCUCCAGUGCAGCCUGCCCCCGAACUGCCCGUUCCUCAAGUGAAGCCAGUCACUGAGCCCCUCAAGCCUCCAGUGCAGCCUGCCCCCGAACUGCCCGCUCCUCAAGUGAAGCCAGUCACCGAUCCCCUCAAGCCUCCAGUACAGCCUGCCCCCGAACUGGCCGAGCCUCCAGUGCAGCCUGCCCCUGAACUGCCCGUUCCUCAAGUGAAGCCAGUCACUGAUCACCUCAAGCCUCCAGUGCAGCCUGCCCCCGAACUGGCCGAGCCUCCAGUGCAGCCUGCCCCGAACUGGCCGAGCCUCCAGUGCAGCCUGCCCCCGAACUGGCCGAGCCUCAAUGCAGCCUGCCCCGAACUGGCCGAGCCUCAAGUGAAGCCUGUCACCGAGCCCCUCAAGCCUGCAGUACAGCCUGCCCCCGAACUGGCCGAGCCUCCAGUGCAGCCUGCCCCCGAACUGCCCGUUCCUCAAGUGAAGCCAGUCACUGAUCCCCUCAAGCCUCCAGUGCAGCCUGCCCCCGAACUGGCCGAGCCUCCAGUGCAGCCUGCCCCCGAAAUGUCCAAGCCUCCAGUGAAGCGAGUCACCGAACUGCCCAUUCCUCGAGUGCAGCCAGUAACCGAGCCAUUAAAGCUGCCAGUGAACCCUGCAGCCGAACUGCCCAUGAAGCUAGUCACAGAGCCCUCCAAGCUACCAGGAAAGCCUGCCAUUGAACCGCCAAAGCCUGCAGUGAAGAUUGCUGAUGAAUUGCCCAAGACUCCAGUGAAGCUUACUGCCAGACUGUUUAAUCCUGCAAUGAAGCCUGCCCCCAUGCCUUCCGUGAAGCUUGUCGCAGAACCACCCAAGCCUCCAAUGAAGCCUGCCCCCAUGCCUCCAGUGAAGCUUGUUGCAGAACCACCCAAGCUUUCAAUGAAGCCUGCCCCCAAGCCUCCAGUGAAGCUUGUUGCAGAACCACCGAAGCCUCCAAUGAAGCCUGCCCCCAUGCCUUCCGUGAAGCUUGUCGCAGAACCACCCAAGCCUCCAAUGAAGCCUGCCCCCAUGCCUCCAGUGAAGCUUGUUGCAGAACCACCCAAGCUUUCAAUGAAGCCUGCCCCCAAGCCUCCAGUGAAGCUUGUUGCAGAACCACCCAAGCCUCCAAUGAAGACUGCCCCUAAGCCUCCAGUUAAGUUUUUUGCCAAACUAUACAUGCCUCCUUUGAAGCCUGCCGCCCAACCAUCCGGUUACGCUUUCCAGCAUACCGCCCGUUUAGCAUAAUGCAUAGCCAACUGGAGUUCUGAUUAAUUCAGUGCUGAAUGCCAUGGUUUCACCAAAUAAAUGUUUAAGAC